CUCUUCCAAUACAAGUACACAAAAGUAUGCAUAAAUGAUAUACUCUGUGUGGGGACUAUGGCUGAUAAUAGGUUCAGGAUGCCUUGUCUUUCGCUUCGUCGCGGGGUGUGCAAAGGACGCUCAGGAAUCUUAUACGUGGGCCGGGGCGUUUCUCUUCGCUUCGCUUGUCGCCUUGGGACUCUCGCGCCACUCGACCUUCCGCUUACAUGGGUCCCGCUUGCGCCAGCAGCAAUGGGUCCAGCAGCAGACAUGGGUCCAGCAGCACGCGCCAGCAGCACUUCCUGUGGCCAAAAGCGCCGCGAGGCGCUCUCAAGGCAGGCGAUCCGAAGCUCCACCUCCGGCAGGGCAGCGAGGGCGUUCGGCGCUGGCCGACGUUCUGCAUGCGCUGCCGGCGGACGCCCGCGCCGUGGUCUUCUGCGAGACUUUCUCGCGCCAGCUGGCCGGCUGCCGUCUCGCAAGCCGCGAGCUGCGGGAGCUCCAUGACAGCGCUAUCACGCAUGUGCGGCUUCGGCGUGACAUGUGAGCUGACACUACCAGGCGGCGCGGACCCUCUUAGCGUGGUGCUGGCUGGCACGACACCCGAGGCCAGGCGGCGAUUCACGCACGUCGCCGUCCGCGGCUGCGGCUUUAACGGGCCGCACCUCUUGCAGGCGCUUGCGGCGCAGCUGCCCUCCCUUACGGUGCUGGAGGUGUCUGGCGGGGAUAGCAAGGCGGUGACGACAGGCAUAUGCAGCAACAUGCCGGCGACGUACCUGGCCCGCCUGCAGCGCCUAGAUCUGGAGCUGCAAACGGAGGCUGACAUGGCUAGCGUGGGUGCACUGGCCGCCUGCCACCAGCUGCGGGACCUGAAGCUGACCGCUGGCUUGUCCCAGCAGCGGAUCCCCCGUGUCAGCCAGGCCAGCGGUAGCGUGCUGGGCGACGCCCUAUCACAGCUGCAGAGCUUGGGGAACCUGCAACAUCUGGCGCUGCGCUGCUUCAUCCUGGAUGACUACGGCGACAUCCCGCUAUGUGUGCUGGGCAGCCGCCGCCCGCCCAACCUCCGGAACCUGGAGCUGGAGAUUAGCGAGUACCGUGGCGGCGAGCCCACGCUUGCAGUGGUCUACGAGCGUGGCCUAGUCAGCAGCAAGGUGGCGACGGCAGCGGCGGGCGGGGGCUGGGGCAUGCGCCGCAUCCAACUGUCGCAGGGUUGGGGCGGCCAGCUGGAUGAGUUGGCAGCGGCGCUCCUGGCAGUUGCCGACGGCCUCCGGCAGCGGAUCAUCCCGGAGCUUGUCGUGCAGGGCACCUGGUCCUUGCCUCCGUCAAGCGAACUCCUGGAGCCAGAGGCCCCCCUGCCGCGGCUACUUGCCCGCUGCGCACAAGUUGAGGUGGAGGGCGAGCUGUUGGCCUAUGGAGCCGAUAGUGCAUCCACAUUGCUGGCUGCAUUUCGGUUGAUGGGGCUGCUGCCGCACGUGCUGUGGCUGCAACACGGCGAGUGGCGCAGCCGCGAGGCGGCGUCUGCCGGCGGCGCGGCCACUGCCAGCGCAGCAGCGGCCACAUGCACUUCGGAGGGCGCCCAGCCCGACCUGCUGGCGAGUCAGCUGCAGCAGCGGCGUCUGGGUAGGUGCUGAUUGCGGCGGCGGCAGCGGUGGCGGUGGCGGUGGGCUGCAGCUGCACCUGGACACCGCCACACCUGAGGAGGUGUUGCGGGAGGCCGUGGAGCGGCUGUGGGCGGAGGCAAUGCGCAGCAGGCCGGAGGUGACGCGGGGAGGUGGCAGUGAUGCCUGCACACUGGUUUCCAACAACAGAAGCGAUGGUGGCUGCAGCGGCGGGUCCGUGCUGGUCAUGCUCCGCGGCACGCUGCUGCCUGUACCCACUUUCAACCAUUACAAUGCCUGGAAGAAAUGGUUGGUAUCAGUGCUCAGCCCAUGCCUAGCUGCAGCCGCCAAGUCGCGACCGCCGGUGGACGGGGCCGCGCGCCUCGGGUUCGCUGGGACAAAGCAGCCUCAUCUGCCGCGGCGCCUUGAAGACCUGGUCGCGUUCAACGCCGAUCAUGUUGUGGCGCCAGAGUCCGGUUUCCUCCUGCUGCGCUGCCGCACAGCGGCCAGUGCAGCGACGCUUGCAGCCCUGGUGGCUGCAGCAGGAGAUGCCGGCUUGUGGCCUACAGCGCAGGAAAGUGUGGCGGCAGUGGUGCUCCCCGCCCACGUCCCUGGUUCCAACGCUCCCACUCACGCCUUCCAGCAUGCAGUGCUUCAGGUUCUUGACGAGGUCUGGGCGCAAACCGGAACGAUUCCCAGCGCGGCUGACGGCGGCACGAGCAACACUGCGAGCAGCAACCGCAGCCGCGUGGGAUCCACUGCCGCUAGCAGUAGCGCGGUGAGCGAGGAGGUGCUGCGGAUGCUGGGGCGGCUGUUAUCUCUGGACUGCGAAGUGCGGCGACUGUGGAUGCAGUUUUAUUGCCGCGUCUGAGUUUGAUGACAGGAACGACUAGAUGUGUUAGACGGCCGUGGCUGAGGACGCGCUCUGCUUGCAAU